CGUCCUCCCCGCUGCCGGCCAUUCCGACCACCUGAUGGAUCCUCCGUCCUACUGACUGCGGCACCGUACCCCGCCAGGCAGAAGCAAUGGCCAGGACGGCGGGCGAUGACGACGACGACGGCCCGCCGCCGCCCUACGCCCCGCAGCGCGGGCCCCGUCGCGACCCGCGGCUCAAGGACCUGGGCAUCUCGUGCAUGCUCAACACCGAGGUGGGCGCGCUGCUGGCCGUCAUCCGGCGCCGCCCGGACCCGUACUCGUACCUCCCGCCGGCCGUCGCCGCGGCCGAGGAGGCCACGUUCGCGGCGCUCAUCAGCUCGCUCAAGGCCCUCCGCGGGCUCCUCUUCCAGCCCCGGCACGGCGCGUGGCGCUGCUCCGACCCGUCCACGUACCUCACCCCGUUCCUGGACGUGGUGCAGAGCGAGGAGGCCCCGCCGGCGGCCACGGGCGUGGCGCUGUCCUCCGUGCUCAAGAUCCUCCGCAUCGACGUGUUCGACGAGUGCUCCCCUGGCGCCCGCGACGCCGUCCACGCCAUCCUCACCGCGCUCACCAACUGCCGGAUCGAGCGCAUCUCCGACGCCGGCGCCGAGGAGGCCGUGCUCCUGCGCGUGCUCCAGGUGCUCGGCGCGCUCCUGCGGACCCGCGCCGCGCCGCUGCUGUCGGACAGCUCCGUCUGCACCGCCGUCAACACCUGCUUCCAGAUCGUGCAGCACGCCGCCAGCAGCCGCGGCAGCGAGCUCCUCCAGCGCACGGCGCGCCACUGCAUGCACGAGAUCCUGCAGUCCGUCUUCGCGAGGCUGCCGGACAUCCGCGACGACGCCGACGGCGACGACCUGUCCCUCGGCUCCGGCGCGGGCUUCGGCGCGCGCUGCAUGGUGGACGUCUUCAACUUCCUCUGCUCUCUGCUGGUGAACGCCAGCGACAUGGUUAUAACCCCGGAUGGCCAGGGCGCCUUCACCUCCGAGGAGGAUGUGAUGCUCUUCUCCCUCGUCCUCGUCAACUCCGCCGUCGAGCUUGGCGGCGAGGCCAUCGGCAAGCACCCCAAGCUCCUCCGCCUCAUCCAGGACGACCUCUUCUUCCACCUCAUUCACUACGCCACCGAAUACAGCCCCCUCGUCCUCUCCAUGAUCUGCAGUACUGCUCUCAACCUCUACCACUUCUUGCGCCGGUUCCUCAAGCUGCAGCUGGAGGCCUUCUUCGUGUUCGUGCUGCUCCGCGUGUGCGGCGGCGGCAACGGGCCGCAGCUGCAGGAGGUGGCGGUGGAGGGGCUCAUCAGCUUCUGCCGGCAGCCGACGUUCGUGAUCGAGAUGUACGUGAACUACGACUGCGACCCGCUGCUGCACAACGUGUUCGAGGAGGUGGGCAAGCUGCUGUGCAAGGCGGCGUUCCCGGUGUCGGGGCCGAUGUCGACGAUCCAGCUGCAGGCGUUCGAGGGCCUCGUCAACAUGGUCACCACCAUCGCCGACAACGUCGAGAUCGACAAGACCCCCGACCACGACGCCUACGCCGUGGACGUGUCGGAGUUCCGCCUCUUCUGGACCGAGCGCUGGGACUCCGCCGCCGCCGCCGCCGCCGCCGCCGCCGGCCAGCGGGAGACGUGGGUCGACUUCGUGCGUAAGCGCAAGCUGCGGAAGAAGAAGGUGGCCGUCGCCGCCAACCACUACAACCGCGACCAGAAGAAGGGCGUGGAGUUCCUCAAGCUGUGCCACCUGGUGCCGACGCCGCCGGAUCCCCGGAGCAUGGCCUACUUCCUCCGCUACUCGCCGGGGCUGGACAAGAUCAAGAUCGGCGAGUUCCUGGGCGACCCCGACGAGUUCAACCUCAAGGUUCUCAAGGAGUUCACCGAGACGUUCGACUUCACCGGCGCAAUCCUGGACACGGCGCUGCGCACGUACCUGGAGACGUUCCGGCUCCCCGGCGAGUCGCAGAAGAUCCAGCGCGUCCUGGAGGCGUUCUCGGAGCGCUUCUUCGAGCAGCAGACGACGGGGGUGUUCGCCACCAAGGACGCGGCGUUCAUCCUCUGCUACUCGCUCAUCAUGCUCAACACCGACCUGCACAACCCGCAGGUGAAGAAGAAGAUGUCGGAGGAGGACUUCAUCCGGAACAACCGCGCCAUCAACGACAAGAAGGACCUGCCGAGGGAGUACCUGUCGGAGCUCUUCCACUCCAUCUCCACCAACGCCAUCACCGUCUUCAGCGCGUCGGCGGCGGCGGUGGAGAUGACGCGCAGCCGGUGGGCCGACCUGGUGAAGCGGUCGCGCGCGCUGGAGCCAUUCACGCCGUGCGACUUCAAGCACAAGCUGAGCCGGGAGGUGUUCAUCGCGGUGUCGGGCCCCACCGUCGCCACGCUGGCCGCCAUCUUCGACGGCGCCGACGACGAGGAGACGCUGAACCAGUGCGUGGAGGGGCUGGUGUCCGUGGCGCGCAUCGCGCGGUACGGGCUGGAGGACGUGCUGGACGAGCUGCUCUGCUGCCUCUGCAAGUUCACCACGCUGCUCAACCCUUACGCCACCGCGGAGGAGACGCUCUUCACCUUCAGCAACGAGCUCAAGCCACGGAUGGCCACGCUCGCGCUCUUCACCAUCGCCAACCGCUUCGGCGAGUCGGUGCGCGGCGCCUGGAAGAACGUCGUCGACUGCCUGCUCAAGCUCAAGCGGCUCAAGCUGCUGCCGCCGUCGCUGAUCGACACCGACGGCAGCGGCGGCGCCCGCGGCGGCGCGGAGCAGCGGCCGGGGCACCGGCACAGGUCGUCCGCAUCGGAAGCUGGCGUCAUCUUCCCCGCGACGCACCGCGGUGCGGGGACGAGCCGGCAUGUUUCCGGCAUGAUCGGCCGGUUCUCGCAGUUCCUGUCGCUGGACGGCGGCGAGUCGCUGCUCUCCGUCGGUAGCGAGUUCGAGAACAACCUCAAGAUCAUCAAGCAGUGCCAGGCCGGGAGCAUCUUCACAGAGAGCGCCAAGCUGCCGGACGAGGCGCUGCAGAACCUCGGGCGGGCACUCAUCUUCGCCGCGGGGGGAAAGGGCCAGAAAUUCAGCACGCCCAUCGAGGAAGAGGACACCGUCGGUUUCUGCUGGGACCUCCUGGCGCUCCUGGCCACGGCGAACCUCCAGCGCUUCGCCACCUUCUGGCCGCCGCUGCUCGAGUGCUUCAGCGCCGUGUCGCAGCUGCCGCUCUUCUCGCCGUCCCCGUUCGCCGAGAGGGCGAUCGUGGCGCUCUUCAGGGUCGCCGUGCGGCUGCUGUCGACGCCGCCGUCGCAGCGCCCCUCCGACAGCCGCGUCCCCGAGGAGCUAGUGUUCAAGUCCAUCAACAUGAUGUGGAAGCUGGACAAGGAGAUCCUGGACACGUGCUGCGAAGGCAUCUCAGAGAACAUCGUGAAGCUGCUGACGGAGCACGCCGACGGCGUGCAGACGCCGCUCGGGUGGAAGACGCUGCUCCACCUGCUCACCGUCACAGGCCGGCACCCGGAGACGUUCGACCAGUCCGUGGCGGCGAUGAUCAAGCUGAUGACCGACGGCAGCGCCAAUAUCACACGGUUCAACUACGCCGCCGUCAUCGAGGCCGCCUUCGGGUUCGCCGCGCUCAAGAUCAGCCCGCUGGACAUCAGCACAAAGAUCCUCGAGCUCAUGGCCGAGUCCGUGAACUGGCUGAUCCAGUGGCACAAGUCCGGCUACUCCGACCCUGGGAACAGCGGCGGCUUCAGCGGCAGCUCGUCGUCCUCAUCGUCGGUGGAUGAGGCGUCGCGGAUGGGCAACCUGGCAGCCAACAUGUUCAUCAAGCUCGCGGAGGCGCUGCGCAAGACGAGCCUGGUCCGGCGCGAGGAGAUUCGCACCCAGGCCGUGUUCGAGCUCGGCCGCGCCUUCAACCUGGCCGCCACGGGCGACCUCGACUUCGGGCCGGCCGGCUGCCUCGCCUGCUUCAACCUCGUCAUCUUCGCCAUGGUGGAUGACCUGCACGAGAAGACGCUCGAGUACUCGCGCCGCGAGGGCGCGGAGCGGGAGACGCGGAGCAUGGAGGGCACGCUGGCCGCCGCGGCUGAGCUGCUGGCGGACGUGUUCGUGCUGCUCCUGCCCACGGUGGCGCAGGCGCCGGGGUUCCGGACCUUCUGGCUCGGCGUGCUGCGGCGGAUGGACACAUGCAUGAAGUGCGAUCUCGCUGCGGGCGGUGGUGAUGGGCUGAUGCAGGAGCUCGUCCCGCGGAUGCUCAAGCGGAUGAUCAUGGAGAUGAAGGCGAAGGAGGUGCUAGUGCCGCGGGAAGGUGAUGAGCUCUGGGAGAUCACCCACAUCCAGAUCCAGUGGAUCGCACCUGCCGCCAUGGACGAGCUAUUCCCUUAGCAAGACAGCUGAGUAGCUGACGGACUUCAGCUUACAGCUGAUCAGCAAACGAGUUCCCUUUAGUUAGAAGUUUGGGAGAUUAUUGACUUGAGUCAUCUAAACAUAGCCUUUUUUGAGUAUUGGUUACUCCGCAUGAGAGAUUACUUUUGGACUUUGUAUCGGGAUAUUUAACUUUUUCCCAUUAUAAUAGAUGACUGACUCCUCAAA